AUGAUUUAAUAAAAAAUGUUAGAAUAAGAAGAAGAUCUUUUUUGUUCUUAGAAACAUAAUCUUCCAGUCUUAAUGAUUGCUUGUGAUAAAGAACUUAAGAAGAAUUAAAGACUUUUUUGUCCUCUAUGUAUGGAAAAUUUAGAAUCAAAAUCUAAAUCAAUGAGCUUUAAGAAGACAUUAGAAAAUAUAGAAGAAAAUCAAAAGUAAAAGAAAGAAUCUAUUGAAAAUAUGUUAAUUAUUAACAUCAAAUAACUUGAAGAACUCUAAAGAGCUUUUCAUCAAUUAAAAUCAAAUAUUGUUCAAUAAUUAGAUUAUUUAAUAGGAAAUACAAAUGAAUGGAUUAAACAAAUUUAGAUAUGGGGACAAUCAAAUGUUACAUAUAGUUUCUUUGAUGAAUUAGAAAAACUAAUUAAUUAAACAAAACUUGAUUAAACUAAUUAGAAAUCUAUAGUUGAUCAAAUUAAUUAAAUUAAUUAAUCAUGGAAUCAAAAGAUCUUUAAAAAAUUGAAUUUAUUUAAAUCAUUUUAAGAAAUUUAGAAAUGUGAAGAGCUAUUAAUAAGUUUACAAAAUAUCAAUUUUAUUAACGAAAAGGAUAAUUGAUCAAAGGAAAUUAAGAAAAUGAUAAUAAAAAAUAAAAGGAAGUGAUUUAAGUAGAUAUUUAAUAGAACUAAUAGAAAUAAUAAUUAAUAAUCAAUAAACAAGUUGAACUUAAAUUAAUUGAUGAUUCUAAUUAAUAGAGUAAUUAUUGUUAAGCAAUAGUUUUUGAUAAAACUGGAUCAAUCAUGAUUUCUUGUGAGGUUAAGAAAAUUAAGAUUUGGAAUUUUGAAUUAGGAAAAUUAAAAUUAAUUAAUACAUAUUCAAAACAUAAAGAUAAUGUUACAUGUUUGGUUUAUAGCAAAUUGAGAAAUAACUUUAUUUCUGGUUCUGAUGAUAAGACUAUCAUCAGUUGGCAAUAAAUUAAUCAAAAAGAGUGGAAGUGUUCUUAACCAUUCUAAUAACAUAAUGAUUAUAUUAAUUGUUUGAUGUUAAAUAAACAGGAGGAUCAACUUAUUUCAGGAGGUUAUGAUAAUUCAAUAAAAGUUUGGAAUGUAGAUUUUAUUAAGAAUGAGUUGAAUUUUCAGUACUCAUUAGAUCACCAUAGAAAUAUUGUAUUUUCAUUCUGUUUUAAUUCAUCUGAAACUGUAUUGGUAUCAUGUGGAUAUUCAGAAUUUAUCAUAUGGGAAAAAGGAGUAUAAGGAAAAUGGGAAUUUAAAUAUAAAUAAGAUGUUUUAGAUUAUGGAUAUAAAUUACAUUUAAUUAAUGAUCAAUAAUUUCUUUGGGUAACAAACAGUAUGAAAAUUGAUGAUAUUUUUGUGUUUGAAAUAUAGAAUGGAGUCGUUUAAUAAAAUAUUGAUAAAACUAUUAAAUUGAUUUAGAAUAAUUAAUGUGAUGAUAAUCUAAAUUUCCCAAUUAUUCACAAUAAAAAUAAAAAUAUAAUAUUGGUAAGACAUAAACAUCAUAUCUAUUUGAUUAGCAAAUUAAAUGAUGGCACAUUUAAUAUUAUUGCAUCUUUAAAUUGUUAAAAUAAUGAGAUUUAUGGAACUAUGACCAAUAAUGGAUAGUAUUUGUUAUUUUGGGAUAACAAAUAUGAAAAGUAUUAAUCAUAUGAGAUAUUAUAUAAAUGA